AUGGCAAAGACCACCUACUUGGCCCUGUUUUGUUGCUGCGUGCUGAAGAGCAUCUCGGUGCUCGGGAGGGAUCCCGCGAGCGCCCUGGAGAGGAUAACGGAGUUCAGGCAGCAGCACAGGAGGACCCUGGACGGGCGGCUGUGCGCCGCUGCCUUCCUGCACGACGACCAGACCUACACGGACUGCACCAGCGCGACUUCGCCCGACGGGACCAGCGGGCGAGAAUGGUGCUACGUAGAAGUGCAGCUGCUGGGGAAGGGGUCCCGCGACUGGGACUACUGCGCCAACGCAGUGAGCUACGACAAGCUGAGGCUGCACGCGAAGAAGGUGUUCGAAGACAAGUCGGUAGAAGCAGACAGGUUAAAGGAUCGACUGCACGUGCUAAACAGUCGCGUGCACAGCAUGCUCAGCAAAUACAAUUCCGUGUGUGGGAGCAAGCACCAAGUGGUAGGCUCGCGAAUAGGAAGAAUCAACCAGUGGGUUCAAACGAGCGUAGAAUCUCUAAAGCGAAUUGAAGAUAACGCCAACGAUUUAGAUGCGACGAGAAGUGUAAUGGGCAAAGUACAAGGGGAGAUGAAACGAGAAAGGGACGGGUUCGUAGAUGUAAAAGAAAACUGUGAGCGUUGGGCUGGUUAUGAAAAGGAGCCACACAGCGAUGGGCUCAAGGUGUCCUAUUUUAAUAACCCCUUUUUGGAAGGAACCCCAGUGGAGAGUAAAGUGGAGAAGAAAAUCAGCUUCGCCUACAGCAAUAGGGGACCAUCCGAGAUGAUCUCUCCUUAUAGGUACUCCCUGCGCUAUGAGGGGUACCUCAUGAUUCCGCACAGUGGUGUAUACACUUUUACAUUCGAGACGAACUGCUACGCGAGGUUGCUCUUAAACGGAAGGGUAGUCCUCUCACAUGGUUUUGCCGCUUCAGGUGGGAACGAAGGGGGGGGAGCAGUAGAAGAGGUACUUACCUUUGGAAGGGAGGACCAUUCUUCAGUGGAGCUCCCUGGGGGGGGCAAACCUCCCUUGCGGAACCUCCACGGGGGAGCGUCCCCCUUGGCCGAAAUGAAUGACGAACCGAGCAACGUGGUUAAGGUGUCCAAGCCGAUCGAGCUGGUCGGGGGGGAGAAGAGCAGCUUCGUCUUGGAGGUGUCUCACUCGUCUCAUUUGAAGUUCGAGGGGGGGGAGUUCCUGCGUGGGGGGGGUGACUCUCUCAAGGAAUCCCCCCCUUUUGGGGACCCCCCCGCAGCGGCGUCCUUCUCGCUCCUUUGGCAGUCCAGCCGCAUCGACAAGCAGCCCAUCCAGAGCAGCUACCUCUUCCAGGAUAACGCAGUCCCGCCUGUUCGAUUCUCCGCAGUAGAUGCAGACCUGUUUUCCAUUGGAGUAGUUCACACAGAGGAGCAAAUAUUUAUGGACGACGCCAACUGGGUGAUUAGCAGCGUGCCCAGUAAGUACCUGAACUUGCAUCUACUCAAAACGGGUUCUAGACCCCAUUUUUCGCACUUCUCCGUAUCUAUGAACACGGGUUGCAACCUAUUCAUCGCUUCACCGGUGGGGGAAACCUUCCCCUUGAGUCCCUCCAAAGAUGGAGCGACGUGGAAAGCAUUUGAAACGGACGACAGUGUAGAGGUGAUUCACAGAGAGACGAAGGAAAAGAGAAUCUAUAAGCUCAAGUUCAUUCCUCUGAAGAGUGGGGCUCUCCUAAAGGUUGACGUUUUGAAGGGAAUUCCCUUUUGGGUUAUCUCACAAGGGAGGAAAAUCCUACCAACGAUUUGUUCUGGAGAUGAGGAGGUGCUAUCAAACCCACAGAAUGAGGUCUUCAAAGAGUGCACAUCGUCGAGUAGUCUCUCUCCCGAAUUUGAUUGUCUAGCCGGGCUGAGCACCUACCAUAGGGAUAAGAAGAACCACACGUGGAAAACGUCUAGCGGAUCUAUAGGUCAGUUUAUAAAGAUCUUCUUCAAUAAGCCCGUACAAAUUACCAAGUUUAGGUUUAAGCCCAGAGACGACCUGCUGUCUUGGCCCUCCGAAGUAGCUCUCCAAUUCGAUACCGAUGAGGAGGUGAUCAUACCAAUUCUGCAUACGCACAAUAUGGGGCAGAACACGACUAGGCUAGAACACCCAAUCAUCACCACCUCUGUUAAGGUAGAAGUGAGAGACAUGUACGAACGGGCAAGUGAAAAUACAGGAGGUUCUUUCGAGGUAAUUGGAAGCACAUGCCAGAUGAUGGAAGACGACUACAUGACGCACCAUGCUGUUAUAGACAUCACCGAGUGUGAUCGUAGGUUGGAGUCCCUCCCAGAUGUUAUGCCCUUAACGAAGGGGAGCAAAUUUCUGGCCAUUUGUCCCCGCCCCUGCUUGAGCAGCUCCAAUGGGGGAGUCAUUUACGGGUCAGAUGUUUAUUCCACAGAUUCUGCCGUAUGUGGGGCGGCCGUACACGCGGGGGUGUGCAGCCGUGAGGGGGAGGGCAGCUGCCACUUCCUCGUUGUGGUGCGCGGCGGGCGGGCCAACUUCGUGGGGGCUCUCCAGAACAACGUCCUGUCUCUCAGUCGGGGUGGUGGCGGUAGCGGUAGCGGUAGCUCCACCAGUAGCGAUGGCGAUGGCGAUAGCGAUAGCUCCACCAGUAGGGCCAACUUCUCAUUUUCCCUCUCCAGUGCGUCAGGGUUCGGGGGGGGUCCGCGCGGGGCCCACGCAGAAGCCGCGCCAAGCAGCUACUCCAUUGUGUUCAAGCCGAGGGACCAUUUGGCUCCAACGAACGGCUUUCUAGUAGACUCAGGGAGAGAGUUCACCAGCUACGGAAGCGUUGCCUACGGAUGGAAGAGGGAGGUUUCUCCUUCGUCCUCUUUUUCCUCUCCUUCUCCUAGCUACACUUCCCCCCCGUUGGAAGAACCGACGCUGCUUAGGGGGGACUCCUCCUCAUUCAAUGGGAUUUACUCCGGGGGGAUAGAAUUCCCCCCCGCCUCGGCUAGCCAAAAUUGCAUUUCCCAACUGGAUUGCCAGACCAACUUCUGGAAGUUUCAGAUGCAAGAAAAUGGCACCUACUUUGUGCAGGUGCUAGUGGGGAAUAAAACUUCCCCUGAGAAGCAGAAGGCCUUCGUCGAGCUGAAUGGCGUUCCCAUCAUAAAGGGGGUGGACCUUGGCCCAGACGAGGUCUUCGUCGCCACUGACCGCGUGCAGGUGACGAACCGGGCCCUCGUCCUCACGUCCACUUGCCUGGGCGGCGAGAGUGCCUGCUCGCGGGCGCGCGUCAGCAUCAUGGCGGUCCAGAUUGUGAAGACGUAG